CCUCUGAACUUCAGAAAAGACGGCCUGGGACCACUGGUGCCAGAAAGACCGGACUCUCCUUCACCCAGUGGCGUUUCCUUAAAAAGUGACCACUCGAAGGAUGAUCCUCUUAACUUCAGUAAAGGCGGCCUGGGACCACUGGUGCCAGAAAGACCGGACUCUCCUUCACCAAGUGGCGUUUCCUUAAAAAGUGACCACUCUAAGGAUGAUCCUCUUAACUUCAGAAAAGGCGGCCUGGGACCACUGGUGCCAGAAAGACCGGACUCUCCUUCACCAAGUGGCGUUUCCUUAAAAAGUGACCACUCAAAGGAUGAUCCUCUUAACUUCAGUAAAGACGGCCUGGGACCACUGGUGCCAGAAAGACCGGACUCUCCUUCACCCAGUGGCGUUUCCUUAAAAAGUGACCACUCAAAGGAUGAUCCUCUUAACUUCAGAAAAGACGGCCUGGGACCACUGGUGCCAGAAAGACCGGACUCUCCUUCACCCAGUGGCGUUUCCUUAAAAAGUGACCACUCGAAGGAUGAUCCUCUUAACUUCAGUAAAGGCGGCCUGGGACCACUGGUGCCAGAAAGACCGGACUCUCCUUCACCAAGUGGCGUUUCCUUAAAAAGUGACCACUCUAAGGAUGAUCCUCUUAACUUCAGAAAAGGCGGCCUGGGACCACUGGUGCCAGAAAGACCGGACUCUCCUUCACCAAGUGGCGUUUCCUUAAAAAGUGACCACUCAAAGGAUGAUCCUCUUAACUUCAGUAAAGACGGCCUGGGACCACUGGUGCCAGAAAGACCGGACUCUCCUUCACCCAGUGGCGUUUCCUUAAAAAGUGACCACUCAAAGGAUGAUCCUCUUAACUUCAGAAAAGACGGCCUGGGACCACUGGUGCCAGAAAGACCGGACUCUCCUUCACCAAGUGGCGUUUCCUUAAAAAGUGACCACUCUAAGGAUGAUCCUCUUAACUUCAGUAAAGGCAGCCUGGGACCCCUGAUACCAGAAAGACCAGACUCUCCUUCACCCAGUGGCGUUUCCUUAAAAAGUGACCACUCUAAGGAUGAUCCUCUGAACUUUAGUAAAGGAAAAUCAGGACCACUGGUGCCAGAAAGACCGGACUCUCCUUCACCCAGUGGCGUUUCCUUAAAAAGUGACCACUCAAAGGAUGAUCCUCUUAACUUCAGAAAAGACGGCCUGGGACCACUGGUGCCAGAAAGACCGGAUUCUCCUUCCCCGAGUGGCGUUUCCUUAAAAAGUGACCACUCUAAGGAUGAUCCUCUUAACUUCAGUAAAGGCGGCCUGGGACCCCUGAUACCAGAAAGACCAGACUCUCCUUCACCCAGUGGCGUUUCCUUAAAAAGUGACCACUCAAAGGAUGAUCCUCUGAACUUUAGUAAAGGAAAAUCAGGACCACUGGUGCCAGAAAGACCGGACUCUCCUUCACCCAGUGGCGUUUCCUUAAAAAGUGACCACUCUAAGGAUGAUCCUCUUAACUUUAGAAAAGACGGCCUGGGACCACUGGUGCCAGAAAGACCAGACUCUCCUUCACCAAGUGGCGUUUCCUUAAAAAGUGACCUCUCCAAGGAUGAUCCUCUGAACUUUAGUAAAGGACAAUCAGGCACCAUUUCAAGGAAAGGAGACCGAUCUCGGGUUGAACCUCCAAAUGUCAAAGGAGAGCAACAUGCUGGAAACUUGGAGGAAUGGAAGAAGCUGAUAUCAACCCUCAAAGAAAGUUUAAAAAAAAAAUUUAAAAAAGAAGACCAAAAUCAUCGUAACCAGAAAAACACAGAACACGUCAUGAAAGAAGACACAGGAAGUGAGAAAUUUACUCCGGUUAAAGCAGCAUCUGACAUCUUCAAAGAUUCAGGAGGAAAAACCAUCAGAACUGUGUUGACUGUUGGUAAAGCUGACAUUGGGAAAUCUUUCCAUGUGGAGAGUUUCAUCAAAGAGUGGGCUGACCAGUCACUUUUGAAUAAAGUGACAGGUAAAUUUAAGUCAAUGUGGAGCAAUCCCAAAGAUGAAGGGGUCAUCAUUCCACUUGACCUCUCCAAGCUUAAUUCUUUUAAAGAUGAAAAGGUCUCUUUGGAAGGACUUCUUCAUCAUUUCUUCAAAGAGACAGAACAAUGUGAAAUCUCUAACUUUGAAAAGUUCAAGGUUACCUUUGUCCUGGAUGGACUGGAUGCUUUUAAACCUGCUCUUGACUUUGACAAAAACGACACAGUGACUGAUGUCAGAGAGCAGGCUUCAGUGAGCGUGAUACUGACGAGCCUCAUCAAAGGAACCCUGCUUCCUUCUGCCCGGCUCUGGAUCACCUCCAGACCAUCAGCUGUCGAUCAGCUGCCUGACAUCUAUGUGAACAGGAGGACAGAAAUAAGAUACAAAGGAUUCAGACAACGUCUCACAGAUGAUCUGAAGAGCAGACUCCUCCAUCAGCAUGAGAAUAAACUGAAGAAACAAAAAACUGAAACAGAACUCUACGUGACUGAUGCAUCCAAUAACAAAGAAGAUAAGGUACCUUCUAUGGAUGCUUUAUUUCUUGAUUCAAAGAAGAAGAGGGUCCGAACAGUGCUAAUGAAGGGAGUCCCUGGUGUUGGCAAAACACACCAAACAAUGAGGCACAUGGUGGACUGGGCCAAUGGAGGAUCCAACAAAGACAUAGACUUUAUUGUGCCAUUUCAUUUCCCUGAGCUGAAUUCAAAGCGCGAUCAGAGCAUGAGAGAUCUGCUUCAGCAUUCUCUGAACCCCGAGGAAAUCAGUGGAGUUCUUCAUUAUGACAAGUGCAAAAUACUCUUUGUCCUCGAUGGUUUGGAAAAAUGUGAACUUCCUCUGAGUUUUGAAAAGAAUGAGGACCUGAAUGAUGUGGAGAAGCCGGCCCCCAUGGAUGUGCUGCUCACAAACCUGAUCAAAGGGAAUCUGCUUCCCUCUGCUGUAAUCUGGAUCAUCACUCAACCAUCAGGAGCCCAGAAGAUUCCUCCUGAACAUAUCCUGAAAGUGACAGAGUGUCAAACCAAAGGACUCAAACAACGUCUCACAGAUGAUCUGAAGAUCAGACUCCUCGAUCAGCACAAGAGCAAACUGGAAGAACAAGAAACUGAAACAGAACUCUACGUGACUGAUGCGUCCAAUAACAAAGAAGAUAAGGUACCUUCUAUGGAUGCUUUAUUUCUUGAUUCAAAGAAGAAGAGGGUCCGAACAGUGCUAAUGAAGGGAGUCCCUGGUGUUGGCAAAACACACCAAACAAUGAGGCACAUGGUGGACUGGGCCAAUGGAAGAUCCAACAAAGACAUAGACUUUAUUGUGCCAUUUCAUUUCCCUGAGCUGAAUUCGAAGCGCGAUCAGAGCAUGAGAGAUCUGCUUCAGCAUUCUCUGAACCCCGAGGAAAUCAGUGGAGUUCUUCAUUAUGACAAGUGCAAAAUACUCUUUGUCCUCGAUGGUUUGGAAAAAUGUGAACUUCCUCUGAGUUUUGAAAACAAUGAGGACCUGAAUGAUGUGGAAAAGCCGGCCCCCAUGGAUGUGCUGCUCACAAACCUGAUCAAAGGGAAUCUGCUUCCCUCUGCUGUAAUCUGGAUCAUCACUCAACCAUCAGGAGCCCAGAAGAUUCCUCCUGAACAUAUCCUGAAAGUGACAGAGUGUCAAACCAAAGGACUCAAACAACGUCUCACAGAUGAUCUGAAGAUCAGACUCCUCGAUCAGCACAAGAGCAAACUGGAAGAACAAGAAACUGAAACAGAACUCUACGUGACUGAUGCGUCCAAUAACAAAGAAGAUAAGGUACCUUCUAUGGAUGCUUUAUUUCUUGAUUCAAAGAAGAAGAGGGUCCGAACAGUGCUAAUGAAGGGAGUCCCUGGUGUUGGCAAAACACACCAAACAAUGAGGCACAUGGUGGACUGGGCCAAUGGAAGAUCCAACAAAGACAUAGACUUUAUUGUGCCAUUUCAUUUCCCUGAGCUGAAUUCGAAGCGCGAUCAGAGCAUGAGAGAUCUGCUUCAGCAUUCUCUGAACCCCGAGGAAAUCAGUGGAGUUCUUCAUUAUGACAAGUGCAAAAUACUCUUUGUCCUCGAUGGUUUGGAAAAAUGUGAACUUCCUCUGAGUUUUGAAAACAAUGAGGACCUGAAUGAUGUGGAAAAGCCGGCCCCCAUGGAUGUGCUGCUCACAAACCUGAUCAAAGGGAAUCUGCUUCCCUCUGCUGUUAUCUGGAUCAUCACUCAACCCUCAGGAGCCCAGAAGAUUCCUCCUGAACAUAUCCUGAAAGUGACAGAGUGUCAAAACAGAGUAGUCAAACAACGACUCACAGCAGACCUGAAGAGAAGACUCCUCCAUCAGCACAAGAGCAAACUGGAAGAACAGAAAACUGAAACAGAACUCUACGUGACUGAUGCGUCCAAUAACAAAGAAGAUAAAGUACAUUCUAUGGAUGCUUUAUUUCAUCAUUCAAAGAAGAAGAGGGUCCGAACAGUGCUAAUGAAGGGAGUCCCUGGUGUUGGCAAAACACACCAAACAAUGAGGCACAUGGUGGACUGGGCCAAAGGAAGAUCCAACAAAGACAUAGACUUUAUUGUGCCAUUUCAUUUCCCUGAGCUGAAAUCAAAGAGCGAUAAAGAUCAGAGCAUGAGAGAUCUGCUUCAGCAUUCUCUGAACCCAGAGAAAAUCUCUGGAGUUUGCGAUUAUGACAAGUGCAAAAUACUCUUUGUCCUCGAUGGUUUGGAAAAAUGUGAACUUCCUCUGAGUUUUGAAAAGAAUGAGGACCUGAAUGAUGUGGAAAAGCCGGCCCCCAUGGAUGUGCUGCUCACAAACCUGAUCAGAGGGAAGCUGCUUCCCUCUGCUGUUAUCUGGAUCAUCACUCAACCCUCAGGAGCCCAGAAGAUUCCUCCUGAACAUAUCCUGAAAGUGACAGAGUGUCGAGAGACCUCAGAGCGCCGGAAGAAGCUGAUAUCAACCCUCAGACAAAGAUUUAGAGAAACCAUUCAAGAUGGAGACAUCACUCAUUCCAACCAAAAAGACACAGAACACAUCAUGAAGGAGGAGAAGAGCAGUGAAACCAAUGAUGAAGAGAAAGACAAGAGUACAGUGGUAACAUCAGUGACUCAAGUGAAUGCGGUAUCUGAUAUCUUCAAAGAGAAAAGUGGAACAAAAAUAAGGAAUGUGCUGACUGUUGGAGUGACUGGUAUUGGAAAAUCGUUCCAUGUGAAUAGAUUCAUCAAAGAGUGGGCUAACGAAGGGUCACUUUAUACUCGGUUAAGAGAUAGAGUGAUGUCUUUUUGGGAAGGAGGCACAGAUGAAAAUGCAGUUCUUUUUCCGCUGAACCUCUAUGAGCUUAAUUUGAGGAAAGAAGAAAAGGUCAGCCUGUUGGGGUUACUCAAUCAUUUCUUCAUGGAAACUAAACAAAUAGUGAUCUCGAACUAUGAACAGCUCAGAGUUCUGUUUGUCCUGGAUGGACUGGAUGCUUUUGAACCUGCUCUUGACUUUGACAACAAUGACGCAGUGACUGAUGUCAGAGAGCCAGCUUCAGUGAGCGUGAUACUGACGAGCCUCAUCAAAGGAACCCUGCUUCCUUCUGCCCGGCUCUGGAUCACCUCCAGACCACCAGCUGUCCAUCAGCUUCCUGUUACCUGUGUGAACAGGAGGACGGAAAUAAGAUAUAAGACUGAUCUUGCAAGUAAGUGGGCACUCAAAGAUCAGCUGAAGGAGCAGUUUACCCAUGUGGCACUGGGGAUAGACAUGCAGAAAACCUCUACUCUUCUCAAUGACAUCUACACAGACCUCUACAUCAUAGAGGGCGAGAGAGGAGAGGUGGAACUUCAGCAUGAGGCCAGGCAGAUUGAAGGAGCAAAGUUCAAGCCACAAGAAACAUCCAUCAAGUAUCACGCCAUCUUCGAACCUGGAUCACUAGAUAAACACAUUAGAUCGGUGCUGACGACAGGAAUGGCAGGCAUUGGAAAGUCAUUUGCCACGAUGAAAUACAUGCUAGACUGGGCUGAGGACAGUUCCCACACGGACAUCUUCUUCAUGUUUCCACUCUCUUUCCGGGAGCUGAAUUUGAGAAAAGAAGAAACACACAGCUUGGAAGGACUUCUCCACAGUUUCUUUCCAGGAAUGAUAACAUCAGAAAUAAAAGACUACGACAAGUAUAAGAUCCUGAUUGUCCUGGAUGGUUUUGAUGAAUGUCGCCUGGAUCUCGUCUUCAAUGAAAGCGACAGAUGCAAAGAUAUGAAACAGGAAACCUCAGUGAAGGUUCUGCUUGCAAACCUCAUCCAAGGCAAUCUGCUUUCUAAAGCUCAAAUCUGGAUCACCUCCCGACCUGCAGCAUCCAACAGUAUCCCUGCUGAUAAAGUUGACCGGGUUACAGAGGUGCGAGGAUUCAAUGACGAGCAGAAGGAGGAGUACUUUAAGAAGAGAUUUGAUGACAAGGAUUUGGCUGAGAAAAUCUUGUCACAUGUCAAGAAUUCGAGGACUAUUUAUAUCAUGUGUCACCUCCCUGUCUUCUGUUGGCUCACGUCAAAAGUGCUGGAGGACUUUGUGGAAAGAAAAGAAGAAGGUAAGAUGCCCAGCACUCUGACUGACAUGUACAUACACUUCCUUCUGUUACAAUGCCGGCAGGCCAAUGUGAAGUAUGGCACAGAUGAGACAAGUGUGGAGAAUGAAACUUGUGAGAAUGACUCAUGCUGGAACACGAGGAACAAGAGCACAGUUGUUUCUCUUGGGAAGUUGGCUUUUGAAGGGCUACAGACGGGAGACCUUGUCUUCACUGAAGAAACCUUGACAGGGAGUGGUGUUGACAUCACCAAGGCUGCAGUCUUUUCAGGCAUGUUCACUCAGAUUAAACGAGAAGGCUUAGGGUUGUGCCAACAGAAAUUGUUCUGCUUUGUUCAUUUGAGUAUUCAAGAGUUCCUGGCAUCGUUUUAUGUGUUUCACACAUUCAAUGACAGAAGUGAAAACCUGCUCACUGAGCCUCCUUCAACGGUCGCAGACUUGCCUGGAUCAGAAUUCUACAAGACAGCGGUGGACAAGGCCCUUGGUAGCAAAAAUGGAGACUGGGAUCUGUUUCUCCGCUUCCUGCUCGGCCUGUCUUUGGAGACAAAUCAGAAACUUCUUCGAGAGCUGCUGAAGAAGACAGAAAAUAACAAAGAGAUCAAUGAGGAAACGAUUAGAUACAUCAAAGAAAAGAUCAGAGAAGAAAAGAGUGAUGCUGAUCAGAAUUUCAAUUUUUUCCACUGUCUGAAUGAGCUGAAUGACCAGACCCUUGUAGAUGAAGUCAAAAAGUACCUGCACUCAGAUUCUGCCACAUUUGAAAACUUCUCCACAUCCCAGUGGUCAGCUCUGACCUUUGUGCUGCUGACUUCAGAUGAAAACCUUGAUGUGUUUGAUCUGAAAAAGUACCGGAAAUCAGAGCAAGUACUUCUAGGAAUGAUGCCAGUGGUCAAAGUCGCCAAAACUGCACAGCUAAGUUGGUGUGAGCUCUCUACAGAAUCUUGUGAGGGUCUCAAAUCCUCAAUCCUCACCUCUGCAUCCUGUAACCUCACCCAGCUGGACCUGAGUCAUAAUGACCUGCUGGAUGCAGGUGUGAAGCAUCUUGCUGAAGGCCUGAGCAGUUUACACUGCAAGCUGGAGAUUCUCAGAUUGUCAGGCUGUCAGGUGACAGAGGAAGGAUGCUUGUCGUUGGCCUCAGCACUCAGGUCCAACACGGCCUCCUCCCUGAAACAGCUGGAUCUAAGUUACAACCAUCCGGGAGCCAAAGGGGCAGCGAAGCUCUCUGCUAUAGUUGAGGAUCCAAAGAUGAGCUUGAAAACACUCUGCUUGGACCACUGUGGAGAGCAUCGUUUAAAGCCAGGGAUAAAGAAAUAUGAUGGAGUUCUGACGCUUGAUGAAAAUACAGCAAGCAGAAGGCUUGUCCUGUCUGAUGGUAACAAGAAAGUGAGAACUGUAAAGAAGGUGGAGGAGAAGGUGCAACGUGAAGAAAAUGCGGACAGGUUCAAGAGGUCUCAAGUGUCUUGUAAAGAGGGCCAGAAAGGUCUGUGUUACUGGGAGGUGGAGUGGAAAGGGACCGUUGGCAUAGCAGUGGCAUACAGAGGAGUGGGUCGAAAAUGGGACAGUAAGAGUGGCUUAGGGUGCAAUGACAAUUCCUGGAGUCUGCUCUGCUCACAGGAUGGAUACACUGCCAUACAUGGAAAGACAAAAAAACAUAUUACAGAGCCAUUUUCCCAAAAGAUAGCAGUGUAUCUGGAUUGUGAAGCCGGCACUCUUUCUUACUACUGUGACAAAUCAGGGGAGCUGAGUCUCAUACACACCUUCAAAGCACAGUUCAGAACAGAACCUGUCUACCCAGGCUUCUGGUUUAAGAGAGGCUCUGUAACUCUCUGUGAGAUUGACGAAACCCCUCUUCGGUGGAGUGAAGUCAAGGCUCAACAUCCAGAGGUGAAAAAGAAGCCAACAAGAAAACUCAGACCCAAAGUUUCAAAACCUGCAGUUCCUCAAGUGACCACUAGCCCCCAAAAACAGUGAAUACCUUUCAAGCCGCAGGAAGAUCUCACUGCAUUCAAGGCCCCCAUCUGUUAACCUGCUUCAUCUCAUUACUAUUACUUAAAACAUAACAUGACAAUUCCUGAAGAAACAGUAUUGUUAGAGCUGGAGGAUGUGAACAUCUGCUCCCUCCACUGAUACCACUACAGCCUCCGAUGUCUGCAGUUUGUUUCUACAGUUUUCUAAAUCCUGGAGCACAACCUACACACCAAUUCAAAAAAGCCGAUCUUUACAGCAGAAAUAAACAUGUUUACAACCUUGGUUCAAAAGACGAGUGUAGUAUGGAUAGCUCAUUUCUCGAUCGGCACACACUGUACGGGGGGGGGGGGGAUUUUUUUCUAAUGCGAGUCUUUUUUCUACGAGUCUUCCAAUGAGAGGCACAGCUGACUUGAUUGACAGGCAGGAACACAUAAGCUGUUGGCUAGGAGGCUCAAAGCCCGCCUCUUUACCUCACAAUCGCUUGAAAGCAGCAAUAUGGCUGCCGCCGCCGAUUGGCCUCAAAACAGCACUUCAGAAACAGAUGGGAGACGUCAUGGAUGCUACGUCUAUAUUUUAUACAGUCUAUUGUUUUAAUGUUACCUGUAGCCCCCUUUGGGUGCAAUAGCAUCAUCUUUUAUUGCCUAAAUUGCCAGGAGUGAUUUUUGUUCUUGGAGUUGGACCUUUGAGAUAAGUGGACUUACCAGAUGUAUGAGCACCUGUGAAAUACGCUCCUCACUUUUCACCACACAAGCAGGGCGGCUGUGGCUCAGAGGGUAGAGUCGGUUGUCUACCUAUCGGAAGGCGGUUUGAUCCCAGCUCCUGCAGUCACAUGCUGAAGUGUCAAGAUACUGAACGCAAAACUGCUCCCUCUGUUGUUCAGUGGUGUGUGAAUGUGCAUGAAUGAGAUUAUCUAACACUGAUGGUCCCUUACUAUAGCAGCCUCUACCAUCAGUGAGUGAAUGUGGUGUGAAUGGGUGAAUGUGACGAGUAGUGUAAAAGAGCUUUGAGUGCUCAGAGAGAAAAGAGAUAUAGAAGUACAAGUCCAUUUACCAUUUACAAGGUAAUGGUCUCUCUAGUGCAAAGGUUGUUUGAGCAUUACAUUUAUAACACACACACACACACACACACACACACACACACACAUGCACGACUCUUCUGGUUUCAGGAGUAUUGUCCAAACACCCAUUUUGUGAAACUGAAAAUGUUUAGGCUACUGGAAGCUCAUUGUUUGACUGAUCCUAACACAAUUUGAAACAUAUAAUAAUCAGUAUCUAUGAAUGUGUCAUUUUUAGUACCAUUACAUCAAAGUCUUGUUAAGUAAUAGAUGUGAAUUGUGUUUGCAAAUGUUGUUCAUUUUGACCACAAAUGUCAGUGCUGCAAAAACUCAUCCAACUGUCAUCGAUGUUUAAACAUGUCAUGUUUGACACUUCAUAACUGACCACAUGGUGUAUCUAAAGGUAUCAUUUUUUGUUUAUAUGUAGGGCAUUCUAAAAAUGAGAAAUAUUUGCUGUAUGUUUAAAUAUAUAAGCUCUUGAAGUUGUUCAGAUGUUAACAUUUCUAAUAAAAGUCAUGAGUUGAUAUUUA